CCGCGAGCUGUCACCGGGAACGGCGGCGGCGGCGGCGGCUCAGAGCAGGUGGUGGAGCCGCCGAGGAGGGCGACACAGCACAAUGUCAGCUUUGCCCCUGGACCAACUCCAGAUCACCCGCAAGGAUCCGAAGACAGGAAAGCCAAAGACUUCACCAGCGCUGCACCCCGAGCAGAAGGCAGACCGGUAUUUUGUGUUAUACAAACCGCCCCCUAAAGACAACAUUCCCGCCCUAGUGGAGGAGUACCUGGAACGCGCCACCUUCGUAGCCAAUGACCUCGACUGGCUCCUGGCCUUGCCUCACGAUAAAUUCUGGUGCCAGGUUAUCUUCGACGAGACCCUGCAGAAGUGCCUGGACUCCUACCUGCACUAUGUCCCCCGAAAAUUUGACGAGUGGGUGGCCCCAACCCCUGAGGUUGCUGAUAUGCAGAAGCACCUACACCGAAGUGUUUUCCUCACCUUCCUCCGCAUGUCCACUCACAAGGAAUCCAAAGAUCACUUCAUCUCCCCCUCUGCAUUUGGAGAGAUCCUCUACAAUAACUUCCUCUUUGACAUCCCAAAAAUCCUGGACCUCUGUGUGCUUUUUGGAAAAGGCAACUCGCUGCUGCUCCAGAAGAUGAUAGGAAAUAUCUUUACCCAGCAGCCAAGUUACUAUAAUGACCUGGAUGAAACCAUGCCCACCAUCCUUCAGGUCUUCACCAAUAUCCUCCAGCACUGUGGUUUACAAGGGGAUGGGGCUGGCAUCACGCCCCAGAAGCUCGAGGAGAGGGUCCGGCUGACCCCCAGCGAUAUGCCCCUCCUGGAAUUAAAGGACGUUGUUCUCUACCUGUGUGAUACCUGCACUACACUCUGGGCCUUUUUGGAUAUUUUCCCUUUGGCUUGCCAGACCUUCCAGAAACACGACUUCUGUUCCAGACUAGCUUCCUUUUAUGAAGUGGCAAUUCCCGAAAUGGAGUCUGCAAUUAAGAAGAGGAGACUUGAAGACAGCAAGCUGCUGGGUGACCUGUGGCAGAGGCUCUCCCACUCCAAGAAGAAGCUAAUGGAGGUAUUUCACAUUAUCCUGAACCAGAUCUGCCUCCGUCCCAUCCUAGAAAGCAGCUGUGACAACAUUCAGGGCUUCAUUGAAGAGUUCCUUCAGAUCUUCAGCUCCUUGCUACAGGAGAAGAGGUUCCUCCGGGACUAUGAUGCACUCUUCCCUGUGGCAGAAGACAUCAGUUUGCUGCAACAGGCCUCAUCAGUCUUGGACGAGACACGGACUACCUACAUCCUCCAGGCCGUGGAGAGCGCGUGGGAAGGGGUGGACAGACGGAAAGGCAUGGAUGCUAAAACCCCACCCAUGGCCAUGGAGCCUAAUGGAGAUUCUAACAGGGUUCUGGUGACAGCAGAGCAGGUCGGUCAAAUACCACUGCAUCCAGAAAACUCAGAGGAGGAGGAGUGCACGGGCGCAGCCGCUGCCCUAGGCCCUGCCGUGUGCGGCGUGGAGCUGGACUCACUCAUCUCCCAAGUGAAGGACCUGCUGCCAGACCUUGGUGAGGGCUUCAUCCUGGCCUGCCUGGAGCACUACCACUACGACCCAGAGCAGGUGAUCAACAACAUCCUGGAGGAGGGGCUGGCCCCUGCCCUCAGCCAGCUGGACCGCAGCCUGGACAGACAGGUGAAGCCAGACCCCACGCCUCUGCUGGCAUCUCGUCACAACGUCUUCCAGAAUGACGAGUUUGACGUGUUCAGCAGGGACUCUGUGGACCUGAGCCGGGUGCACAAAGGCAGGAGGAAGGAGGAGAACACGCGGAGCCUGGUGAGUGACAAGCGGGCAGUUACGGCACAGAAGCAGCGCUAUGAGCGGUACAGCGUGGUAGUGGAGGAGGUUCCACUGCAGCCAGGUGACUACCACGGUGAUGACUAUGAGGAUGAGUAUGAUGACACGUACGAUGGCAACCAGGUUGGUGCCAACGAUGCUGACUCGGACGAUGAGCUUAUCAGCCGCAGACCCUUCACCAUUCCUCAGGUGCUGAGAACUAAAGGGCCCGAAGAGGGGCAGGAAGAGGAGGAGGAUGAAGAGGAGGAGGAGGUUGAAGAUGAGGCUCCUAAGCCUGACCACUUUGUGCAGGAUCCUGCAGUGCUGAGGGAGAAGGCAGAAGCCAGGCGCAUGGCCUUCCUCGCGAGGAAAGGGUACCGCCAUGACAGCUCAACAGCAGUGGCUGGUGGUCCCCGGGGCCAUGGGCAGAGCCGGGAGACAACCCAGGAACGCAGGAGGAAGGAGGCCAGCAAGGCAACCAGAGCCAAUCACAACCGGAGAAGCAUGGCUGACCGCAAGAGGAACAAAGGCAUGACCCCAACCUGAGGCUGCCUUGCUGGCCUCCAGGCUCACCUCCACCCUCAGCAGCCUCAGCUGGGCAUCUGCCAGCCAGCCAUGAGCGCCUUCGUGUAGACACACAGUGCCUUAUCCCUCCGUGGAGGGCUGUGGUCACCCAGUGGGUUCCUUCCCCAGCUGCGCUGGUGGGAGAGGGACAGGGACAGACCCCCAAGGCAUCCAUGCCCAGACUUCGGGCAGCAAGAUACCACUCCGUCACCCCUGGACAGCAGGAAAAGUACUCAGAAACAGCAGAAGGCCGCAAAUAAAGUUGC